AUGGGGACGAUAUUAAGGUGUAUAUGUAUAUUUGUAUGUCACAGUUCAAAUAAAGACUACAAUCGUGCACUUGCAAAACAACCACGAAAAUCAAUUGGUCUAUCGAAAUUUGAAGUAUCAAAUAUACAACAACAACCUCUUAUUGGAACACUUUCAAUUCCUUAUCCUGUUCGUAUUUCACAAUCUAAUGAUAAACUUCCCGAUCCUAUCGACGAACCACCACCACAGAUCGAAAUACAACCAACAAUAAACGAACGUAUUCCGUCACCAAAACCUUCUCCAAUUAUUGAUAAUCAACAACAACAACAAGAGAAACUAUCAAUUAUUGAAAAUUCAUCACGUACACCAUCUCCUAAUCUACCGGCAUAUAAUCAAACAAUGACUAGUGAACCUACUAUAAUACGUCGUUCAAUUAUUGAUUUAAAUAAACAUCGACGAUUGAAUAAUAAUCAAUUAACAUCCUAUCCUCCUAAUCGUUCAGUAAUUGAACGUAAUGGAAAACAAUUUCUUACAGAAUUACGAGAACGUUUAGAACGACGUUAUGUACAAAUUUUUGAUGAAUCUACGGGUCAAAUGAGAUUAUUUGAAGUAACAGAUUAUAUACCAACUCGAACAGUUAAAUCAGUAACAAAUAGUCCUCAAUUAUCAUUACAAAGAAAUGCUAUUCGAAAUUCUUUUUCUCCACGUUCUUCUUCUUUCAAUCAACAUUCUUCUGCUCGAAAUAAAUUAAAUAAUCCAAUACAAACAACAACACCAUCAAAUCUUGUUGAUUUUAAUGAUUUAAAUAAUCGAGAAACUGUUGCACGUGAAUUUGAUCUUUAUCAUAGUGGAGCUGAUUUACCAUUUAAUAGAAAUAAUAAUACAAAUCUUCUAAGUCCAUCUCAACCACGAUCAAAACAUCGAGAUUCAAUUUAUUCUACUUCUUCACAAUUUCAACCUUCUCAACCAAAAGGCUAUAAUUCAUCAACAAUAACUUCACAAGGUGAACCUAAUCAAUAUUCACCUAGUUCAUAUCGUUCUCAACCACAAUCAUUUCGUCCACAUAGUCCAACUGCUUCUGAUUAUAGUGUUAGUACAUCAAGUGCUCGAUCAAUAAGUGACAGUUCCGAUCUUGAAAGUAUCAAUCGUGUACUAACACCUACCAAUCAUCGAUCUAGAAAUAAUCCAAACAGUACAUCAGUUUCUUAUGGUACAGUUGGUGAAUAUAACUCAUCAGCAGAACUUGAUCCAUUUGCAAAAACAGUUCGUCCAAGCGAACAUACUUAUCAACAACGAUCGGGUGCUAAUAAUUAUUCGGAGCCUAUAGCAAGAAAACCAGGAUUUGGAAGAACUGGUGUGUCUGAUUAUGCACCUUUACCAGUGUCUUAUAAUCAAUCAAGUCGAGAUCGUCGUAAAGAAUCAAAUCCGUACGAUGGUUGA